AUGCCUCCAGCACCUACACAAUUAUUAACCAUUCAUCAGACUGGCCAACCAGCUCCACCAUCAACAUCACCAAUGUUAUCUCCAUUAACAUCAGCAUCGCCACCAUCGACUCAAACGGAUCCAUCAUUAACAGAUAAUCCAGAAUAUUUAUCACAAUUAUUAAAAGAUAAAAGACAAUUAGCUGCAGUGCCAAAUAUGUUUAUGCAUAUUGAACGAUUACUUGAUCAAGAAAUUAAUAAAGUUCGAGUAAAUUUAUUUAAUUUGAGUACGCGUCCGAAAAUGGAAUUACCUGAACCAAAUGGAGAAAAGAAAGUUUUUCAAGAAAAAGUAUUUAUUCCGGUGCAACAACAUCCUGAAUUCAAUUUCGUUGGCCGUAUAUUGGGUCCACGAGGAAUGACUGCAAAACAACUUGAAGCGGAUACAGGUUGUAAAAUAAUGGUUCGUGGUCGAGGAUCAAUGAGAGAUAAACAAAAAGAAGAUCAAAAUCGUGGUAAAGCUAAUUGGGAACAUUUAGAUGAAGAUCUUCAUGUAUUAAUACAAUGUGAAGAUCAUGAAAACCGUGCACUAGUUAAAUUAGAACGUGCUAAAGAAGAAAUUAUGAAAUUAUUAAAACCAGCCGCUGAAGGUGAAGAUGAUUUAAAAAAGAAACAAUUAAUGGAAUUAGCUAUUAUUAAUGGUACAUAUCGUGAACCAAAUUUAUUUCAAAAAAAAUUACAACAAUUACAAUUUCCAAAUAAUCGAAUGCCAAUAGGUGCACCAUUAAUUUUAACACCACGUAUGCAACAAAAUCUUUUAACAGCACAAAUUCAAUCGGGUGGAGGACCAGCUAUGUUUGCUACAACAACUACUGCUCAAACACAACCAACAUUAACAGCUGUUCCACAAGCUUCACUUAUUCAAACAACAUCAGCAAAUGGUGAGCAAAAUUUUGUUCAAGUAUUUGCACCAUUACAAACACUUGAUCAAAUGGGUGGAAUGAUUGCAGGUGGUGCACAUUUAUUCGAAUACCCAACACAUAUUGAUCCAAGUCAUCCAGGUAAAUAG